AUGUUUGGUGGGGUACCUGCAGUUCAGAGCAACGGAGGCGACAGUGACGACGAUGAACAUGACGGUGAUGUUGACAUUGACAGCGAAGGCGAUGGAAAUCAAGAGGCGAACUUAGGAGCUGUAGACGAGACGGACACCUCCGAUUCAGAAAUUGAGAUGGAAGAAAAAAACAGCAUACGCGCAUCCCGAAAAACAGGCCGUGAGAACUCGGACUUCGAAGACCAAGCGGGAGAAGACGGCAGUAAAGAGGAAGAAGAAGACAUUCCCGUUUCGGAUCUCGAAGAUCUCGAUGACGAGGACCAAGAGGACCUCAUUCCCCAUACCCGCCUCACGAUCAACAACACUUCUGCUCUCCAAGCGGUACUCGAUCGUAUAUCUAUCCCAGUUGAUAGAAGCGCAACCUUUGCAUCGCACCUGUCCAUCACCUCCUCUGUCAAUACGGCCGAUUCCAUACCCGACAUCUCUGACGACUUGCAGCGCGAGCUUGCAUUCUAUUCUCAGUGUCUGGACGCCGCCAAGGAAAGUCGCACAAGGCUCCUAGCUGAAGGCAUACCAUUUUCUCGCCCAAAAGAUUAUUUUGCUGAAAUGAUCAAGGAGGACGCCCACAUGGAGAAAGUCAAGGCUAAGCUGAUUGAAGAAGCUUCCGCCAGGAAGGCCGCUGCUGAGGCACGCAAGCUGCGUGAUUUAAAGAGGUUCGGCAAACAAGUCCAGGUAGCGAAACUUCAAGAGCGACAGAAAGCCAAGCGGGAAACCCUAGAGAAGAUCAAAACGCUCAAGAGAAAACGCCAGGAGUCAGGAAAUGAUGUGGAUACAAAUGAGGCGGAUCUUUUUGACGUCAGUGUUGAUCACGAGCUUGCCAAACACUCACAAGGCAUGGGCUCUUCUCAAGGCGGCCCUGGCAAGAGCGUUAACACCAAGCGUCAAAAGAAGAAUGAAAAGUACGGAUUUGGCGGUAAAAAGCGACAUGCAAAAUCUGGAGAUGCUAUCAGCUCUGGAGACUUGACCAGCUUCAAUACCAAGAAAAUGAAAGCAGGUGCAACACGCAAGUCCAAGGCAUCAAGACCUGGCAAGAGCAGACGCAAGGCAAUGUCUUCAAAGUGA